UUAUAUUAGAUGAUAAUGGCAGUUAAACAAUUUUUUGUAAUUUCUUAAUAUUUAAUAUUGUAAAGACUUGUUUUUUUAUUAUUGAAUUUGUACAUAUUUUCAUCAUAGAAAUUAAUAAAAUUCUGAGUACUUCAGUUUUUUAUCGUUGUUUUUCUUACUAAACAAAGAAACAAAAAUGUCAAAGCUUUCAAAAGAAGAAAUUGCUAAGCAGUUUAUGCUUCCUGAACGUAAGUCCAAAAUUGCUACAUUGCUUAAGCAGGAUGGACAAGCUUAUUGUAUAUGUAGAUCUUCGGAUAGUUCUAGAUUUAUGAUUGGUUGUGAUGCUUGUGAAGAUUGGUAUCAUGGUGAUUGUAUUGGAAUAACAAGAAAACAAUCUAAACUUAUUAAACAGUAUUUUUGUGAUAAAUGCAAAUCUGAAGAUUCUUCUUUAAAAACAAUUUUUAAAACUUCGAUCAGUCGUAGUGAAUAUAAAGAAAAAAUAGAUCAAUAUGAUAUCAACAAACGUGAAAAUCGAGGUAAACAUCGACAUAAGCACAAAUUAUGUGGACGCUGUGAUAAUUGUAAGCGAAAUGAAAAUUGUGGUUUAUGUAUUGGUUGUAAUGAAAUGCGAAGAUUUGGUGGAUCAGGUUUAUGUGAAAAUAGAAAAUGUUUAAAUAUAAACAAAAAGGAAAACAAAAUAACAUCCAAAACAAUCAAAAGAAAACGUAAAGAUUCCAGUUCUGAUGGAGAACACCAUGUUAGUUUAUCUACGUCAAAUCGACAAUGUUAUGGCCCUGGAUGUACUCAAGUUUCAAGAUAUAAUUCUAAAUAUUGUUCAGAUAAAUGUGGAAUAAAUUUAGCGAGUGCACGAAUAUUUCAUGUAUUACCUCCAAGACUUCAAGAAUGGAGUUUAUCACCAUGCAUUGCUGAAGAAUCAAAUAAAAAAGAUCUAGAAGUUGUUAGAAAAGAUCAGCUAGAGGUUAGAGAUGUAUUAAAAGAAUUGGAUAAGAGACACAAGGAACUUGAUAAAUUAUUGGAAAAAGGAAAACUGUUAACAGUAGAUUUAAAACUUGAAGUCCAAGAUGUCGAUGAAGAAAUGAGCAUGCAUUGUGUGACUUGUGGUCACGAAAUACACACUAGAACAGCUAUUAAACAUAUGGAAAAAUGUUUUAACAAGUAUGAAAGUCAAGCAUCAUUUGGAUCAAUUUAUAAGACAAGAAUUGAUGGUAAUAAUAUGUUUUGUGAUUUUUAUAAUCCAUCACAAGGAACCUACUGCAAACGAUUAAGAGUAUUGUGUCCAGAACAUUUUAAAGAUUCAACAAUCAUAAGUGAUAAUGAGGUUUGUGGCUGUCCAUUAGUUUCAAAUGUUUUCAAUCUGACUGGAGAGUUUUGCUGUGUUCCAAAAAAAAAUUGCAUAAAACAUUAUUGUUGGGAUAAACUAAGAAGAGCUGAAAUUGAUAUGGAAAGAGUACGCCAGUGGUUAAAAUUAGAUGAGUUGGUUGAAAAAGAACGACAAAUACGUCAUAGAAUGUCUACUCGUGCUGGAGUUUUAGCAUUGAUGCUUCACUCAACAUAUGAUCAUGAAAUGAUGGAGCGUUUAACUUCUGAAGCAAACUCCCAACAAAAACGUGAAAAUGGUUCUGGUUCAAAACUACCUAUUGUAACUGAUGAAUAGAACUUAAUGUAUAUUAAUUAAGAAAAUCAAUGACCUCUAUAUUCGUAAAAUAUUUUCUUUAUUUACUUUUCAUAAUAAUUUAGUAAUUUUAUUCAUAAAUCAACUAUGUUUUGUCAUUAACCUUACUGCUACACUA